AUGGCCUCCACCCGUGUCCUCGCCUCUCGUCUGGCCAACACCAUGGCCCAGACUGCCACCAAGGCCGCCCGCCCUGCUUUCCGCACCCAGGCGCGCACCUUCACUGGCAUGACCCUCAAGCGCCAGUCGGCUCCCUCCAUGAUGGCCGCCACCAUCAGCCGCCAGGCUUUCCAGACCCAGCGCCGUGCCUACUCGUCUGAGAUCGCUCAGGCUAUGGUCGAGGUCUCCAAGAACAUCGGUAUGGGUUCGGCCGCUAUUGGUCUGACUGGUGCCGGUAUCGGUAUCGGUCUGGUUUUCGCUGCCCUCCUCAACAGCGUUGCCCGCAACCCCGCCCUCCGUGGCCAGCUCUUCUCGUACGCCAUUCUGGGUUUCGCCUUCGUUGAGGCCAUUGGUCUUUUCGACCUGAUGGUUGCCCUCAUGGCCAAGUUCACCUAA